AUGGGCGUUGAUAAAGAUGAGGCGAAGGAAACUCUUCUUCCCGUCAAAAUCUCGGAAAGCGACAUCAUUAAAGAAGGAAAUAGUCACCGUGAAAUGCUGUUCAAAGCAUAUGUGAUCAUAACGAUGACGUUUCUAUGGACGGGAUACACAAUCACAGUCCGGUACACAAGAACUAGUGUGCCGAAGACCGAGCUUUACGCUGCGACCACUGUUGUGCUUAUGUCGGAGGUCGUCAAAGCCUGCAUUACGCUUUUGAUGCUUUACAAAGAGAGCCACUUUAGAGUGAAGGAGUUUUCCUUGUGUAUCAAGCAACAUUAUCUGAACGCUCCAAGGGAACUUUUAAAAAUGAGUGUUCCUUCUCUCGCUUACGCAUUGCAAAACAACUUAGACUUCGUUGCGCUCUCCAACCUAGAUGCUGGAUUGUAUCAGGUAACUACUCAGCUGAAGGUCUUUACCACAGCCAUAUUUAUGAUGUUAUUUCUUGGUCGACGUUUUUCCGGAACAAGAUGGGCAGCAAUCGUGCUUCUCUUUUUCGGGGUGGCCGCU